CGUUUGAAUGAGUCAACUUGUCACAAUGUACGUGAUACUUUGAUCGAAAUAUACACACCAAAUCGGUCGAUGUAUAUGUGUUUGUGCAUAUCGUAAACACACGCAUAGUACUACGGAUACUUUAUGAUUUUUUUUUUUUAAUAAAACAUUUCAUUCUCUUCUCUCUUCUCAGUUCUUCGUUUUGCCUUCAAAUUGUUGUUUCUGUUCGUCUUCUCUCUCCUCGCUCACACACCGUACAUACACACACACACACCUUUUGCAUACACUCGUUCCGUUUUCUGACUUGCAAUCUGAUAAAAUUUUCGGAAAUUUAUCGCAAACGCUGCAGUUUUUGGCACAAUUGAAUUAGAAAAGUCGAUGCGAAACGUUGAAAAAUCCGUGUUUUGUUUUGAUCCCGUUUACAGUCAUCAUUGCGACCGUGCCAAUUUUAUCGAUUUCCACUGCAAAAUGAUAAUUGUUGUGAAUGUGAUACGGUGAACAACGGUACGAAGUACAGUGUGUGUAUGUUGAAUAGGCAAGGAGUUUUCAGAAAGCAACGAGAAACAGAACAAAAAAAAUAAAUAAAUAAACUGACGACAAAAAAAAUAUGUCGCGAAUUAAAUCGCGUGCACAGAUUGAAAUUUGUGGUGAUUGUGGCGCUUCAGAUCCAUCGUGGGCAUCAAUAAAUCGGGGCAUUUUAUUGUGUGCGGAAUGUUGUUCGAUCCAUCGUAGUCUUGGCCGGCACAUAUCACAAGUGAAGUCAUUGCGACAGGGCAGCUGGUCUCCGGCUGUGCUCAACUAUGUGAAUGCAAUCAAUGCACAUGGCGCAAACAGUGUGUGGGAACAUUGUCUCAUGGAUGCCGUUGCACCGAAAAAUUUGAAACGAAAACCAUCGCCAAAGGACUCGUUGCAUCCGACCAAAGCCGAAUUUAUUCGCGCGAAACAUGUGAAUUUGUCAUUUAUUUUGAAACCAAAUCCGCAACAAGUUGACGGUGAUGGUAGUCCGGUGAAUUUGGAACAGGAGCUGAGCAAACAACUACAUGCCAGUGUACGGUCGGCCAAUCUCGAGACAUCGCUACGAUUGUUGGUUCAAGGAGCUGAUCCGAAUUAUUUUCAUGAGGAAAAAGGAUCGACACCGCUGCAGAUGGCCGCCAAAUCGGGACAGGCAUCACAGAUUGAACUAUUGAUUGUGUACGGUGCAGAUCUCACGGCCAAAGAUUCAAAAGGCAAUACAGCGCAUGAAAUUGCUAAACAAAAUAAGCACACAGCCAUCGCAGAUCGUCUUGUUGAAGCAACGUACGAGGUCACCGAUCGUUUGACACAUUUUCUAUGCGGUAAAAAACCCGAUCAUUCAACUUCCAGCCAUCUUCUCAUCCCCGAUCAGGGUAAUUCGGAAAUCAGCGAACAAUUGAAAAUUGCUCGGGGCAAACUGCAAUUGGUACCAAAUAAAAUGUUCCAAGAAUUGGUCAUGGACCUGUAUGAUGAGGUUGAUCGACGUGAAACCGAAGCUAUUUGGGCGACAAGUGCAUUAAAUCCAGAAAUCGGUGCAGUUCCAUUUUUGCCAACGAAUCCACAUCUGAGUGCAACACGAAAUCAGGGCCGUCAAAAAUUGGCACGAUUCAGUCCGAACGAGUUUAUGGGCCUGAUUACAGACGUUCUUAUCGAUGCCAAACGACGACAAAACAUGGCUGCACUUCGGCCAUUAGAUGGUCCGUCGAUUGAAAUGUCAAAUGCAAAACCGCAACAUCAUCAUUUAGAGCGUUUAUCGAAUUUAUCGGACGAUGAGCCACUGUACGAUGCGGUUGCGUCUGACGAUGAUUAUGCCGCACUCACGCCAUUGAAUAAAAGUGCAACAGGGUCGGUAGUGGGCCAGCAACAGGUGACUCACGCCGAACCACAGCAGAAACAAGAGGUCGAAACUCUACGCCGCAAAUUACAAGACUCAUUCUACGAGAUUGAUGAGCUGAAAAUGCUGGUGAAAAAGCUAUUGACGGAGAAUUGCCAACUCAAAUCACGUAUCGAUUCGUCGGUCAGUGCAUUCGAUGUACCAUUGCGAAUUGAUGAUGUGCACACGAAUGGCAAUGGCAAAUCAGCGGAAUGUGUGGGCACCGAUGCUGAUACAGCGGAAACGAAUGAAUCGCAUUUGACGACGGCAUACAAUAAACGGCCCGUCAGCAUGUAUGAGACACGUGAAGGGCUACAUGCCGCAAAAUCACAACAAAAUCAUGAUAAUCGCACCGCAAAUAGUAUGUACCAAAUGGUCGAUGGUCAACCAACACAACAGCCUGAUGGAGGUAUCGCGACUGCAUCGACCAAUGGAACCACACUACCACAUUCGGAUGAAGUAAAACAUCGAACCGAAGUGGUUACUCGACGCAUUCAAGAGCUCUGGUCUGUUAUGCAGGAAAUGACGGCGAAUGAUGUGUUUGUGCCAGGCGCAGAACGGAUUCGAGUCGCCGUUGCCGAAUUGACAGCCGUUUUUCCAACGACUAUCACCAAUGAGACGAUUCGAAACGCCAUCCGGCAAUUGAAUCAAAAUACCGGUCAUUUGCAGAAGGACUGUGCCGGUUUGCAGCAUUCGAUUCAAUCAAAUGAUACGACAUCGAUAGAUUUGUAUAUGCAAGAAGUGCGAAAUUGUGCGUACAAUCUGGCCAUGGCAACGAAAAUGCUCGUUACCCAAUUCCAAUGAAUGAAUCGCGCUUUUUUUCCCUCCGCCAUAAAAAUGAACAUUUGGAUUAUCUUCCCAUAAUUCGCCAUUCAACAACAAAAACGAAAACAAAAAUUAUACCAAUCGAAGAAGACACUCUUCUUGGACCAAGUCACUUUUUUAGGAUUUUUUCACUCCCGUUUUGUGCUCAAUUUUUUGUUUCUUUUAAAAUUCUUUUAUUUAUACUUUUUUUUACUAAAUUCUUUAGAGUAUUUUAUGACAAAAGUUUAUUUCGUAUGUUGAAUGUUAUUUUUGAUGAAAUGCAACCGAAUGGGUUUGCAAUGUGUUUUUUUUUUAAAUAAGCAGAAGACAGUUUAGUUUUAUGAAGAGAAAAGAAAAACAAAAAUGAAUCAGAACUUCAGAGAGAAAUAACUAUCGAACCAAAAAUUUAGAAAAAAAUGAAACUAAAAAACAAAAUAUUGAGAAAAAAAAAACAAAAACUUUUAGAUAGAACAAGCAAAUGCACCAGGAAUAAAUAGACAAUAACAAUGUAAUGCAAUGCAUAGACUAGACUGUAUUACCUCAGCAUUUUUUGCGAUUGAGUGAACACAUAUCUGGACCGUUUUUUUUUCAUAGUUCCAGUCGCCUCGAAUUUGAAAUGGCCUUCUUUUUCAAAUGACAUUUUGACGAUAUCAAACAAGUAUUCUUACAUUUAAUAUGACAUUUACUAUUAUCACACACACAUGAUGAAGAAAAUCACACAUGAUACUAGAGCAUAGCGAAAGAACAAAAAAUCGUUAUAUAUUAUUUCAUCAUCGAAAUUCGUACUGAUUUACAUUUCUUGUUGCUCUUUCUUCUCGAAAAUCAAUUAAUCAAACUAGGAAUUGGUUGUAUAGCAAAAACUGAUUUGAAAAUACAGUUUUUGGAAACUAGCUAGUAUUCACUCAUUCAAUCAAUUAAUCCGAUUUACUAUUAUAUUGACAAAGAGCAAAUCAUAUUCUAGCAACAACAAAAAAAUCCAAAUCAAAACUUAUUGAAAUUAAAUGAAAACAAAUCAAAUGUGCGCAAUAUUAUAUCAUAGAUUUAAAGCAAUAUCAUUAGAAGAGCAUAAAGAUUUCAAAUGAAAAUUAUGGAA